AUGCCCAUCCCUACACGUGAAUUCGCCAAGACCGGCGAGCAGGUCGGCGCCAUUGGCUACGGCGCCAUGGGUCUCGCCGCCUUCUACGGCGACUCCGCGCCCGAUUCCGUGGUCAACGCCAUCUUUGACAAGUGUCUCGCUGACGGCGUCACCCACUGGGACACCGCGGACAUGUACUCUCCCAUGGGCUCGGGCAAGCUCGGAUACAACGAAGAGCAGAUCGGUCGCUACUUCGCCUCGCACCCGGGAGCGAGGGAGAAGGUAACGAUCGCCACAAAAUUCGUCAAUCGCUACGACGCCGACGGCUCGUUCUCCAUGGACGGAAGCCCGGAGUGGUGCCACCAGGCAUGCAAUGACUCGCUGAAGAGGCUUGGAGUUGAUCAGAUCGACCUUUUCUACGCCCAUCGACCGGAUCCCAAGGUGGACGUGACCAAGACGGUGGGCGCGAUGAAGGAGCUCAAGGAGCAAGGCAAGAUCCGCUACAUUGGCGUCUCCGAGUACAACCUCGACCAGCUCGAACGGGCCAACAAAGUGGUCCACAUCGAUGCGAUUCAGAUCGAGAUCUCUCCCUGGACACCCGAAGCCCUCACCAACGGUAUCCUCGCCUGGGCCGAAAAGAACGGUACCGCUCUUGUCGCCUACUCUCCCCUGGGCCGUGGCUUCCUCACUGGUCAAUACAAGACCGUCGACGAUCUGCCAGAGAACGAUUUCCGUCGUCACAACCCCCGCUUCACUGGCGACAACUUUGCCAAGAACCUCGAGCUGGUGAACGACAUCAAGAAGAUUGCGGAUAAGAAGAACGCCACCCCCGGCCAAAUCGCCCUCGCCUGGCUCCUCCAGAAGUCGCCCAUCAUCCUACCAAUUCCCGGAACGAAGAAGGAGAAGUACCUCGAGGAGAACAACAAGGCCGCCGAGAUCAAGCUGAGCAAGGAGGAGAUGGACGAGAUCGAUGGCGUGAUCAACAGCUUCAAGGUCAGCGGUACGAGGUACGCGCCCGAGAUGAUGCAGGUUUGCGCUUUCUAA